AUGCGCCAGCAAUCGCCCAGGCUAAGCGGGCGGCGCCUGCACUGGUUCUUCUGCUCCCUCGCCCACGAGGACGGCCUCGCCAACCGGCUCCGGGAGCGUCUCGCCCAGCUGGACCACGGUUUCACCUACUACCAACUGCACAUGCGCACCGACACCUCACAGAUGCCCUUCAUAAGCGACGUGGCGAGGUACUUCGUCGCUUCCAGGAACAAGAGCCCGCCGCGCAUCAUCUUCUUCUGCCGCUGGCCCCUCACGCAGAGGGUUCUCGCCAUGUUCCUUCAGAUGCUCGGCAUCGGCAUCUGCCAGAUGUGGGCCUACCAGUCCCCGGAGGAGCGAGGCAACGUCGCAGCCACGUUCACCAGCAAGGACAGCGGUGCGGAGGUGCUCGUGGCCACGUACCGCCUGGCCUCCGUCGGCCUCAACCUCUAG